AAAUGAUGAUAUUUCUAGUGAUGACUGUCCCCGAGACUCAGUACACUCAGAGAGUCAUUGGAUCUCCUUCUUCUAGUGCUCCCCAGAUGCCUCCUCCUCUUGUGCCUCCUACGAUGCCGGCACCUCCGAUGCCCGCGGCCGAGAUUCAUCCCGAUUUGAUGGUGCCUCCGAGUGCUCCUUACUCGCAGUACACCGUAGAGGACAUUCUCCGUCUGCCAGGCAGAGAAGGUUUACCAGUCAUCGACCCCGACCGACCGGACGGAACUUUAUGGUGGGGGAUUGACGGAUGUCUUGCAUCGGACGUAACCGACACGAUAAAAGGUUACUUCUCCAUGGCACAUCCGAACUGGAAAAUGACGCCCCACUACGUCUGA